CAUAGAAACCAGUAUUGAGAAUAUGGAAGAAGUUUGUCAAGUGCAUCAGUCAAGUUAUUAAAUUGAUUUGAAGGGACAGUUGUGUACAUGCAGUUAUUUCGUGUGGUGAUAGGAGUUCAGAAGAAUUGAAAAGGAAAAAGUAUUGAAUGGUUGGAAAUAACUUCUUUAAAAUUUGAUUUUAUGAACUGGAUACAUUUAAGAUUAAAUUGAUAGUGUGUUGUGCGGUUAAUUAUUUAUUUAAAGUGGAAGAUUAAUUCAACAUUACCGGCUUGUGCAUAGGAGAGAAACUACAGCUUGGUUUGUGUUUUCUUCAUAUAAAUUGCUGCGUAUUUUGUUAUGGCUAAAUCGAUGAAUUUCGAUUACAGCAAUGUGGUAUGGCUAAGGCCAGCCGAAUGUUAGCUGAAUUCGGUUGUAUUACAUUGUCAGAGGAUAGAUGGAUAAGGAGACAUAAAGGGCAUAUAAUAGAAAAAUGUCUCAACAAUGAAAUAAACCUGGACCCCAAUGAACGUUUCAUCUCGUAUGACGAAGUUUAACUACUCCCUUUGUUGAAAUUUGUGUAUGGAGUAACAUACACGACGACCUCAAAGACGACCACAUUCACAGCUCCCAAAAGUGCAAAGUCUGUCAGGAGAGACAUCAUUUGCGAUUUUGCCAAAAAUUUAUCAACAUGGAAGUUUUAGAGCGUGUACAGACAGCGAAAGAAAAAGGAUAUUGUUUUAAUUGCCUCUGUGACUCUCAUACGAGGGAAUGGUGUCGAUCUCGGAACACCUGUGCAGUUUGUAACCGAAACCAUCACACUAAACUUCACGUGGAUCGCCAGAAGCCAAAACGGGAUUCAAAACCAUCCUCUAUUCGCCAAAGUUCGCCUUCAUCUACAUCACGUCGAACGUCUUCCCAGAAAUAUGAUGGGUCGCAAGUCAUUCAAAACAAGGAAAUUAAGGAUUCAAAGAUGAAGCGCCGUCUUGGAGGAAGGUCUAAACGGCAUGUUUUUAUGCCAACUGCAUUAGCUCGAGCAAUCAGUGUUGGCGGUACAAACAAGACACGAAUUCUGUUAAACUCAGGCGCAACCCAGACAGUCAUUUUGAAGUCAUUUGUCAAAAAUCAACAGCUUCAAACCACGAACAAGAAUGGAAAAGUAUUUUGUACCGUAAACCUUCAAUCUUUCCAUGACAGCACAGUGAAAAUUCAAAUCCACGGAGUCGUUAAAACGAAGUUUGAUUCUCCACUUCCAGAAAAAGUUUCCGACAAAAUUCUUGAGAAUACUUACUCCCAACUUCCAGAUUUAGCUGACCCUCAUUUUUAUCACCCUGUUAACAUUGACAUAAUGAUUGCUAAUGAUGAGAUGUCCAAGGUACUAAAAGCUGGUUUAAUCCAGACAGCGAGUCACAUGCCAAUAGCUCAGAGCACAGUAUUCGGAUGGGUCAUUUCAGGAGCUCGUUUUUAUUGAUGUUGCGAUAUUGCAAGAGGCCCCGGCAUGUUAAACCGAGUUUUAACAGCGUUAAAUGAAUUUAUUGAUUUAUUGAAUUAUAACAUGAAUAGAUGCAUAAUAUACUAUUAUAAGCUUCCCAUUAAAUUUUUAAAUAUGAAUUAAUAUAGAAAUCCCGCAUUUUAUAAGAAUAGCUGGGAACUCUUUAUCCAUUCAAUGAAAGGAGCUUUCGCUCAAACGGAUAAAGAGUUCCCAGGCUUGAGUAAAAAUAAGAAUAAAUUGCUGAAUUUAAGAAAAAGGGCUUCAGUCUUUACGGCUGCAACUUCACUUUUGAAACAGAGACUGAAGCGGUAAGAGGAGAAAGCUGUC